AUGGAGACCGAUCCAGUUUCAUUUCUAGCUGAUCAGACUAUUGCUGUUGGUAAAGGUGCUCGCAACAAAUCCAGAGUAACUCAAGCCUGCGACUUGUGCAGUAAAAAGAAAUCAAAGUGUGAUGGAGCCAAACCACUAUGCAGCAACUGUGUUUCUUCAGAUACUCCUUGUACAUACACUCGUAAUCCUAAACGUCGAGGCCCGCCACCAGGAUAUUUUUCUAGUGUUAUGCAUCGGCUCAAGCAACUCGAGGCAAAAAUA